AUGCUGGACAAGCUUUCCACCGAGCUCAUUCACCGCAUUGCAUACCAUCCUACCUCGCCGCUACCUCUGCCUGACGUCCUCGCUCUCGCCUCGUCGUGCAAGCGGCUCAACGCGGCGCUGCUCGGCUCGCCGCAUGCGCGGGCUCUCGCAUAUGCGUCACUUGGAUUGGACGAGUGCAUAUCUCGCGGCCUGUGGCGAUCGGCGGUGCUGGCCAUCACCCGUAGCCCUUUGUCCUCGCAAGCCGGUUGCUGGGCCGAGAUCAAGGUCCGCCAGCUCUUUGAUGCUGCUGAUCCAGAGGAUGCUGAUUGGUGCCAUCUCGUCCGUCUCGCCCAGGAGGCAGGUGCCUGCGCAGCUGUCUCCGCCUACACUACCGUUGGCACGGUGUAUUGGCGAGGGCACAUCAAGAUGGGCCCUGCCUCACUUGCGGCAUGCUACGGGCUUGCUGAUCUGGCGGUAGCCCUUGUUGACAGUGCCGAUGGACGCGAUCGAACGUACGCUCUCAACGCCGCCGCCUCUAACGGCCUCACCGAUCUGGCCCGGUAUCUUCUGGACGAUCCUCAGCUCCGGCCUAUGCCAAGCUACCACGGUCCGCUCGAGGCUGCUGCUGCUAAUGGUCACGUCGAUGUUGUUGCCAUGCUCCUCGCCGAUGGGCGCAUCAAACCCGGCGCAUCUGACUGCAACAUCAUGAACUGCGCCGCUCUCAACGGCCAUCGAGACGUUAUCGAGUUCCUCCUUAACGAUGCCCGGAUGAAUCCCUUGGACAACAACAUGGCCUUUGAGACUGCGUGCAAAAAGGGCCAUGCCGACGUCGCUGCGCUCCUCCUCGCUCAUCCCAGCGUCGAUCCUGCCGCGAACCACUACAGCGGGCUGCUCCAGUCAGCGUCGUUGGGCCACGCUGAUGUUGUUGCGCUUCUUCUUGCCAAUCCUCGCGUUCAUCCUGCCGUCUUUGACAACGCUGCCAUUCGCUUUGCCUCCGAGUACGGCCGAACGGAGGUCGUCCGUGUUCUGCUUGCAGAUCCGCGUGUUGACAUCAGUGCCGACAACAAUUACGCCAUCCGCAUGGCUGCGCAGAACAACCACACCGAGGUUGUGAGCCUCCUUCGUGAUGCGGGUUGUCCAUUGCCCCACGCCCCGCUCUCCUUCUCCAUCUUCAUCCAGGAAAGCGUCUUUGUCAGACCGGACAAUCUGCCCACCUUUGCCGUCGUUGGCAAUCUAGUGGUGGUCGAGACGAAAGACGAUGAUCUGGUAAUCCCGUUCCUGCAUCUGGCCGAGUCGGACGGUGUGUGCGGUACGACGCCAAAUGAGGUCGCCCUGCUGCUCUUCACCCGCGUCCUGCCGGCCCUGGACGGCGUGGCGCGGAUAGUGCUGGCCCUCCCAGACUGCAUCGUUGACCAUGCCGACCGCGAGCUUGCGGCGAGAAGCGUGCUGGACAGUUUUGCCACGCCUGUGCUGCGCGCCAUGGUCGGCCUCCCGCUGCACGUGGUGUGGCUUGCUCCGCAGGAGGCGCUGGCGGCCCAUCGCGUCGUCUUUGUGCAGGACAUGGCGCUGGAGUUUUGCUCGCGGGCGCAGCUCCAUCGCUGGCUGAAUGCGGUGCGAGCCGUGUCCGGACUGGCCAGUGACGAUGUGUGGGCACCAGCACCGUGCGUGGCAGUAGUUGUCAAGCCGGAGAUCCAGCUUGAGGAAGAUGCGUUGGAUGCCAUCGUUGAACUGGUGCCUGAUGUCUGCGAGGUGGUGACGCUGGAGGCCGAGACUGAGAUGGACGUUGCCUUGGAGGCGCUUGCGCAGGCGCGUGUUUUGGUUGUCUCGUCGGAAGUGCAGUCCGGGAUCCGGCCGCUGUGGUCCAUGCUUGCUCCGUUCUUGAUGGUGCCGAAGCGGGUUGUCUUGUUGGACAUCCUUUUGACCAGAUGGGAGGGCGGGGUGCCAGGCUCAAUGGCCGCUGCAAUGUCGAUCGACAUCCCCCCGUACUCUGCGAUGUGGCGGGCGUCGUUGGGUAUGGACUUUGCCUAUGUGCCGUACUUUGCGUUCUCGGGUCACCCUGUUGUGCGCGAUCAGUAUGUCCGCGACUGCCUUUUGUAUGCCCGCGAACCCUUCUACGGACGUGUCGAGGACUUUAUCCUCUCCCUCGAUCUGGCAGAGCACUAUCCGCUGGUAUCGCCUCUGCGCAAGCUCGAUCCAUCCCGUGAGGGCCGUCCGCGGACUGUGGCUGAGCAGGCAGAGUUGGGCAAGGACUUGUUUGUUAUUGGUGGUGCGUACGAUGACUGGAUCCACCAGGAGUCAACGUACGUGGUCAAGGUCGCUGGUGGGCGACUGGAGGGCCGUGGCUAUAUUGUAGACGGCUCGAAAGUUAUCUUGCCUUUCCCAGACAAGGGCGUCGGUGACGAAACGUUGUUCGUCCUGCGCGAGCACUUGGAGCACGGGGCCGGCCCGAUGUUCCCACCGUGCGCCAUCUUCCCUGUCGAUGCGCCAGUGUUCUCUCUCCUGCAGGUCUGGGACUCGGUGUACUACCACAUUGUGCUCGAGACGUUGCAGCGACUGGUGUUCUCGCUCGACUUUCUACGGCAGCAUCCCAAUGUGCUUAUUGCACUGCGGUCGCCCAAGAAGGCACCCGCGCCGCAGUAUGUUAUCGACCUGCUGACGCGCCUCGAAUUGAUCGAUCGUGUGCUUUGGGUGGCGGAAGAGGAGUGUCUGCUGCCUACUGGCAAGCAUGGUAUGUAUGUACCUGCGGCGUCGCUGAUGGCGACCUUUACCCCUGCUGCCGCCGAGCUCUAUCACGCGAUCUUUGUCUCGCCGGCUGUUCAGGCCCGGCCGCCAACACCACAAGAUGCGGUUGUGUACACGCAGCGGACCAAGACGCGCCAGGUGUCGAACAAUGAUGCUGUGGUUGAGCUGCUGCUGGAGCUCUUUGGCGACCGGGUGGUGGUCUUUUCGGAUGAUGCGCUGCCCCCGAUCUUGGAGACGGCCAACGUGUUUGGCUCUGCGGGCUUGGUAGUGGGCCCCGCUGGCAGCGGGCACGCAAACCUGGUCUUCUGCUCGCGGAGACAGGCGUUGGCGCUGGUAGAGUUGGAGCCCGACAGGUCGUGCGCUUGCCACUACAAAACGGCCCACGCCGUGGGCGGGCGGUUCUACUUUACAGCCGAUACCACGUCGUCUGCCUGGAUGGCGCCGUUUGAGGCCGAUCUCGACAUUUUGCCAGGUCUGCUGCUGGAGCUCUUUGGCGACCAGGUGGUGGUCUUUUCGGAUGAUGCGCUGCCCCCAAUCUUGGAGACGGCCAACGUGUUUGGCUCUGCGGGCUUGGUAGUGGGCCCCGCUGGCAGCGGGCACGCAAACCUGGUCUUCUGCUCGCGGAGACAGGCGUUGGCGCUGGUAGAGUUGGAGCCCGACAGGUCGUGCGCUUGCCACUACAAAACGGCCCACGCCGUGGGCGGGCGGUUCUACUUUACAGCCGAUACCACGUCGUCUGCCUGGAUGGCGCCGUUUGAGGCCGAUCUCGACAUUUUGCGCGCGCUCCUGCUGGAGGCUGAUCGCCAACGGCGGCUGGACCUGGAGGCUAUUGCUCAGGGUCUACCGUUGCCCGACGUGUCCGACAUUGUGCCGUGGCCCAAUGCUGCUGCCAGGGAUCGAUGGCUCGAGUUGCAUGCAAGCGACGAGUAG